CUCUUGUGUUCACCACCAAGAUGUGCAGAACACCCAGAACACCCAGAACACCCGCAAAAAGAAAAGCAAUCUCGGAGCACUCUAUCUAGCUGAAUGUCACUUUCAUCAUGCGUGACCAAGGAUGACCAAGGUCUGACAGGAAGGAGGGCACACAAAACCGCAAAUGUUUGGCGUCAUCAGAUGAAUUGCCAAGAAAAGGUCACCUUUCGUUUAACCGGGGUGAGCCGACCAAUUAAGCCGGGCUUAUCCACACUCGCCGCCCCAUUGCUCGCACAGCCGCUCGCAGGAAGUGGUGUGGCUGCCUGCGAUGAGUCUUGGUGUGUCACGUGUCCUGGGAGAUGGUGAGCCACAGCGCCACAUUUCAAACAGUCUCCACUUUCGACGUCAGGGUUCCAGGCUGACCAUGUGCCAGAUCUCCCAGCAACAGCCUGGCGAAGCACCAAAGUCAACCCCGCAAGGCUGCAACCGUUGAUUGAUUGGCCUAAGCUGCGUAAGCCGAGUUGGCACUGAAGCUCCAAGCUCCCUGACGAGAACCACAUUCGCAUUCCAUCACACAUCAAAACAAGCUGCUCUGUUCAGAGCGCAAGGCCGUCAAGAUGCCAGCCUAUAACUCCAUGUUCAACACCGACCCCAACCCGCCCCGUUUAAUAGGCAACUUCCCCCUCCUCCCCCUCCGAACCAAGAUCCGCGGCCCCGUCUACCCGCUCCCUUUCCCCGAGCCGGCCCUCCCCGAGAAUGAGUCCCCCGACCAGGACUCAGAGUCCUACGACAUCCUCGACGAGGUCCUCGCUCUCUUCCGCGCCAACACCUUCUUCCGCAACUUUGAGAUCCAGGGCCAUGCCGACCGGCUGCUAAUCUAUGGCAUUUGGUUCGUCUCGGACUGCCUGGGCAAGAUCAAGCCGACGGCGUCGAGGAGGGAGGCGACCAAGGAGGUGAACAACUUGGCGUUGGAUACCAACUUUGCCAUUCCGGGCGACCCGAGCUGGCCGUUGAGACAGAUGUACGAGCCUCCCCGUGACAGACAAGACGCCGAGGUCCUUAGGCAGUACAUGAUGCAAGUCCGACAAGAGCUGGCGGAGCGGUUGUUGGCGAGGGUCUAUGCCGAUGAUGAGACACGACCGAGCAAGUGGUGGUUGAGCUUCACCAAGAGGAAGUUCAUGGGCAAGGGUCUUUAAGCGUGUUUGUUUCUUUGACAAGACAUAUAACAAUGUACUACAGUGAUUCAAGGUGGUGAGCGGGCGCAGCACAAAAUUACUUUUUAAUUCUGCAAAUGGUAUCUAUCCGACGCCAGGAUGCAACCCAUCCAAUUUUUGCUGUGUCGAGGGCCUGGGUAUCUGAGAUUAUAAACCCC